UUCCGCUACUCAGUACCUGAGGAAAGGAAGAGUUGGUCUCUGGUGGCAAAUGUGCUGAAGGAUUUGAAAAUAGAUGUGAAGGAACUGUCUGCUCGUAGAGCUCGGCUGGUUUCAAAGAGCACCAAACAAUAUUUCCAGCUGGAUCCUCACUUUGGGAAUGUACUAUUAAAGGAUAAAAUAGACCGAGAGGCUUUGUGUGGGCAGAAUGACCCGUGUGUCUUGCAUUCUGAAAUUGUGCUGGAAAACCCAUUGGAACUGCACAGAAUUGAAGUUGAAACAGAGGAUAUGAAUGACAGUUCUCUAAAAAAGAAUUCCUUUUUGCAAUACCUGAGCAGACUCUCACAAAUACUCGGUUCCCUGUGGAGAGCGCUGAAGAUCUAGACAAAGGUGAAAAUGCUGUUCAGAAUUACACACUUAAACAUAAUGACCAUUUUUGGUUGGAUGUGCAAAGUCACCCUGAUGGGAGCAAAUAUGCAGAAUUAGUGUUGCAGAAACAUUUAGAUCGUGAAAAGGAUCCACGUCUUUUCCUCAUACUGUCGGCAGUUGACGGAGGGACACCAAAGAGAACAGGAACAGCAAACAUUGUCAUUGAUGUUCUGGAUGUCAAUGAUAAUGCCCCUCAUUUUCAUCAAUCUCUUUACAACAUGAAAAUAAUGGAAAACACCCAGGCAGAUGCAGUUAUAAUUAAAGUGGAAGCAACUGACAGGGAUUUGGGUAGCAAUGCAGAAAUAACUUAUUCUUUUAGCCAGAUGUCAAGUAGUGCGCUCAGAUCUUUCAAGCUAAACCAACAUACUGGGGCACUUACUGUUUCAGGAACAAUUGAACAUGAAGUGGACAAAAAUUAUGCAAUAAAUAUCAAAGCCACGGAUGGAGGGGGGCUCUCAGAUUACUGCAAAGUCAUAGUGGAGGUUGAGGACAGAAAUGACAAUGCCCCAGAGGUGACUGUAACAUCCAUCACCAGCCCCUUUCCAGAAGAUUCCCCCUUAGAUACCGUGGUGGCCCUUUUCAAUAUCAUGGAUUCUGGAGAUAAUGGCAGAACUGCCUGCACCAUUGAGUCGCACUUACCCUUUGUGUUAAAAACCACUAUGAAUAGUUAUUACCAGUUGGUGACCCAACAGCCCCUAGACAGGGAAAGAUUCUCAGAAUACAACAUCACCAUCAUGGCUACAGACUGGGGCUCUCCCAGGCUUACUUCAACAAGAAUGAUUAACGUUCAGAUCUCAGAUGCCAAUGACAACUCCCCAAUAUUUGAAAAGUCAUAUUAUGAAAUGCAAAUAGGAGAAAAUAAUAUUCCGGGUAUUCUAAUAGGACUGGUGCAAGCUAAUGACCUGGACACAGAACAGAAUGCCAAAAUUAGCUAUUCACUUUUGCCAGGGAAGAAUGGCACUUCCUCAUCCAAUGACCUGCUUCCCAGGGGGGCGGAGGCUGGCUACCUGGUCACCAAGGUGGUGGCAGUGGACAGAGAUUCCGGUGAGAACUCUUGGCUUUCCUAUGAACUCCUGAAGGCCACAGAACCAGGUCUGUUCAGUGUGGGGGCCCAGAAUGGAGAAGUGAAAAUCAUCAGGCCAAUUAACAAACGAGACACCUUCAGACAGAAACUUAUCAUUGGAGUCAGAGACAAUGGGCAUCCUUCCAGUCUACCUCCGCAACAUUAA